AUGGGCCAGUUAUUGAACAGAUUUUCCAGGGACUCCACUAAUAUACCCAAAGUCAGCCUGGCACCAGAACUUUGGCUCGCAAUCUUCGAGCACCUUCCUUGCCGAACCCUUCACGACGUUACCCUCACUUGCCACUCCUUUCGUCAUCUGGCACAACCUCUCUUAUUUCGCUCCCUGACAUUCUGUCCCUACUCUUUGGACACCAUCAACCAGUGCUUCAUUCACCGUCUGGAAACUGUAGAGCGUACAAAACACCGCAUACAAUUUUGUUCCUCAGUACGCAUUGCUCACGCUGUUCGUGAAUGUAAAUUUUAUCCCCGAUAUAUUGUUGGUGCCGUGUUCAAUCCGGAGAUUCCAUAUAAUGUGCUUCUGGAUAUACUGCUCGAUACCCUACCGCUUUUCGUCAAUCUCCAAUCGCUUUCGUUCAUGUUUGUGGACCUCAGCCAGUCACAGUUAUUGAAACUAUGCGCGCUACGAAGCCUUGGAAACCUUUUCUUGGGCAACUGUACAGUGGAACAUGUCCAAUUGCUUUCACCUCCCAAAUUGCAGGUGGCCAACUUGACCAUCAUCUGCGAUAACACAAAUAUACUUGGCAACGGUCAUGGACUAUCUGUGUUCUCACCCGACCACCUACGUUCCGUCUCUAUAAUCAACCCACUCGUAGCUUUGCAAUUCCUAAACAAUUUCAUGGGGAACGCAUCGCACGGCCUGCUACAACUCCGAUGUCUUACAUUACCUUGUAAUUUAGAAGUCGUGCGCGCUUUACGUUCUUUACUUCAUCUUAUCCCAGAGUUGGCCGAACUCAAAUUCGCCCGCCCCUCUCAAAUUCAACACAGCCUUCCCAAAGAUGAAUAUUUUUCCCUGUCUACACAUUCCAAUCCCCUCAAACCCCUCUCGAAAUACCAAGGUCCUCGUCAACUUUUACCCCAUUUUGUUCGCCCUGGUGCGCUUGAACAUCUUAACUUGUGGAGUACACGCUCUGUGUCCACUGAUGGUUCGAUCAAUCCCAUGGAACUGCACGGAGCGCUUGCGGGAGGCGAUGAACUCGUGAGCGCAUGCGAUCCAGAGGUCCUCAGGACUGUACAAAUACUGGAGUUGAGCGUUACGCAUGUUAAUGCCCUCAUGCUUUUUACUAUCUGCACCUGCUUCCCAAUACUGCGAUCGUUAUACGUGUAUGCGGCAAAAGGUUUCUUUCCAGACACUGCCACGCAGGCGUGGGACCCUGAGAUGAUAAUGGACGCCCUUCCGACCCUCCCCCUUCCCUCUACCAUUCAGCAUUUGCAACUCUCUUCUUAUUCACCUGUGUCGCAUAGCGGCCUCGCCACGGAACACCGCAUUGCAAGAUGCAAGCGGGAACUUAGAGUAAAAUAUCCUAAUUUAACUUUUGUUUCUCUGGAUGAAACGGACAUUGACCUAACGUGGGAUACCAGUAGCGUGCUCCAUUGCUAA